AUGAAAUUAUGUUUAGCGGUAACGUGCCUCCUUGCGCUUGCAGCAACAAGCAAGGCUGAUGGAACGCUAGACGGGCUCAUUUAUGCCCCGGGACAUUCGUCUCCUGGCUACUACUCAUACCCCAGCUACGCAUUUGACUAUGCCGUGAAAGAUCCCCACACAGGAGACAAUAAAGCACAAUGGGAAAAACGAGAUGGAGAUACUGUGAAAGGUGCAUAUUCUCUGGUGGAGCCUGACGGCAGUCUGCGUGUUGUAGAGUACUGGGCAGAUGCAAAAUCUGGAUUUAACGCAGUCGUGAAACGUGUUGGACCUAACCUACAUCCUGUCACUGCACCGGUUUACAAAGCGCCCAUUCCCAUUUUAAGUCAGGGAGCCUCAGUUGCCCCUAUUAAUGUAGCUCCGGUAGCGAAAGUAGACACUUUAUAUAGUGCACCUUUCAUGGGCGGCGCUCCGUAUGGUGGUACUGUAUCAUCCUCAGCCGUGUACAAGGCUACACCAAUAGUUAAGACUCAGAUUUUGCCACAACCAAUCUUAAAAGCCAGUAUCGUGUCACAGGGCAUAACUACUGAACAAUAUCUUAAAGCACGUUUACAGAAUCAAAUUGUCAAUGAACCAGUUUAUAGAACAAUGUCCAUCCCGCCACCAGUGUAUACAUCGAUGGGAAAAGCCGGACCCUCAUCAGGAUAUCACGGUUUGGUUGCUCCGUGGAAUAUUCUAAAAGACUCACAGAAACUACAAUCUUACUUAGGAGAAGGUUUGAUAAAAGAUUCACUGCUUGAUUUGGGUUACGACGAUGACGUUGGCUAUGGUCAACUUUUGUCUUCAUGGGAUUCAUUAGGAUUAGGAUGGAAACAUUGA